GAUUUUUAAGCGCUAGCUGAGCCUGAGAAAACAAGACAGAAGGCGACGACGGUGGCAGACCGAAAAACACAUAUCUUUCACGAAAAUAAGGUUUUAGCAUCCUAGCCUAGCCAAACGUGGCACCAUGUAUAACGGGGUCGGUCUAACGACAGCCCGUGGUAGCGGCACCAAUGGGUACGUCCAGCGAAACUUUGCCUUGGUGCGCAACCAGAAGCAGAAGGUGGACUACAAGUCUGAGGAAGAGAUCAAGAAGGCAGAGGCACUCCUCUACAGACCUCCUAACCAGGAGAUCCUGGCCCAUAAGAGGAAGCGACAGGUGGAACUCAAGUGCACGGAGAUGAAGGAAGUCAUGGAGGAACAAGGAACGUACAGCAAAGAGGAGAUUGAAAAGAAAGUGAGUGCUUUUCGAAAGAUGUUGUUUGACAAGGAGGGAAUCUCUGACCUCGCAGGCAAAGCAACUCCUGAAAGGGCUAGUUUGACAGACACACAUGAGAUAGCAGAAGCUAAAGAGAAACAGAAUGCCAAACUGAGAGAAGCUUUUGGUAUCAAGGAUGGUUAUGUUGAUGGCAGCUCAUUUGACCCAGAGAGAAGGGCAAAAGAAGCAGAAGCCAAAGCUAUGGCUGAGAAGAAAUAUGAAAUUUUGAGAGACCCAAGUCCAUCACCAUCGCCACCUCCAAAGAAGAAGAAAAAGAAAAGCGGACACAGAAGCCAUUCAGAAAGUCGGUCACCAGCAAGAAAAGAGAAGAAGAAAAAGUCACACAAGUCUAAGCAUUCGAGAUCUGGAAAGAAGAAAAAGAGUAAAAAACACAGGAAGGACAAGAAGAGCAGUCACAAGAGUAAGGACAAGUCUGAUAAACACAGAAGCAGCAAGAGAAGCCAUCGCCAUCGGUCUAGAGACGACAGUGAAUCAGAAUCAGGUCUAGAGUCAGCAGGGUCCUCACCGGAGAGAAGUCGUCGUUCACAUCACUCUCGCUCUCCAGAUUCUAAGAGUCACAAGAAGGAGGAGAAUGGCAAAAGCAGCAAGAAAAGAAGAUCCUACUCCUCCGAUUCUGACCGGUCAAGGAGCUACUCGCGCUCCCCAGAGAGGAGGUCGCGUAGAAGGUCAAGGUCUAGAAGUAGAAGGUCUCGCAGCUACUCCAAGGAGCAUCGGCGCUCGAGGUCCCGUUCUCUCAGUUACUCCCCAUAUGAGCGUCGCAAGUCGAGAAGCAAGAGCCCUUCUUCCAAGACCAAGGAGAAAAACUUCUCACCAAUCCGUAAACGCCGGGAUUCCCCUAGCUUUUUAGACAGGAGGAGAAUCACAAGCAGUAGGAGAUCAUCCAGCCGAGAUCGCGGUUACUACAAUGAUCGUAGCAGACAUCGACGCAACAGCAGGGACCGCAGUCGAUCACGGUCAAGAUCUCGAGAUAGAGAUCGCUACUACAGACGAUGAGCGCACCACUCCAAUCUUCACACAAUUGCGAGAAAGUUGCCGGUUCCGUACGACAGGCCCGCAGCCAGCCCAGCACACUCGGACUCCUCACCCUACAGCCACCAUGGGGAUCAUAGGUCAUACAGCAGGUCACCCUCAAGAUCACGUGACAAAUCACAUGAUAACAGAUCACAUGAUAAGUCCCCGGGAGGGACAUCAGUUCGGUGACUGGCAGUUAUGAUUGGUCAAGAAGGGAAAAGUUAGCCGGUAAAUUCAAACUGAAAAAAAAAUGUUUAGAAAUGAAAUAUCGUGCUUUGUUUACUAUGCUAGUAAACAUGCAGCGGAAGUGAAAUAGAUUAUUUAACCAAAAAUAAAUUUUUGGCAAUACGAGUUAUAUGACAGUGCAAUUUAGAACCUUUAUGUACAUGGUGGAUCUAUUCCAGUUGUAUAUAAAUCAUAGGGUCAAAAGAAUCUGUGUGUGAAUUUCUUGUACAGGAUGAUAAUGACAUUUUCCAGUCAUUUAAACGUUAAACCUUGUGUAUUAUAAACUAGUUUUGCUUUGAUUUAGUAUUUACUUUGCAAAACCUAAGAUUUAAAGGGCUUUAUUCAAUUCAUUUAAACUCGACCUCUGCUCAAAGAUAGUGUUUGAAAUAGGAAUCAAAUAUAUCCCGGGUUAGUGUUUAACGAGAAUAUUCAUAGAUAAAAUUUCAAAUUACUGACAUCUUUAACUGUUACUUUGCAUACAAUGCAAUAUGGUGUUUGCAAACUUCAACUUUGAAGCAGUGAUAUGAUUCCCCGGUCUGCUUUUGUUAAGGCCUAAUCGAGUUGUAAUUCUAGUAGUAAUUAUAGAAUGGUGGCUUAAGCACGUACAUUGAUGAUAAUUUGGUACAUUGUCUAAUAUAUUCCUCAAGAUGUGUUUUAAUAAAAACAAUCUUUGCAGUGGAAACUGGACAUUCCAUUCUUCAUUCUUAUUUUCACCACUUUCAUUGUGACAAGUUUAAUAAUAUGGUGACAAGAUAAAUGCUUUCCAGAUUGAAAAAAAAAUCUUAAAAGAGUUCAAUAAUUCCAUUCAUGACCAGUCAUAACUGCCUAGCUUGCCAGGGGAUGAUUCACUAACAAUUGAAAUCAAUAUUAAGUCGAAUAGGAGCGAUAACAUCAAUUCAAGAUAUGUCUACAGCCAUUUCAAAUUUGAUUUCAUUUGUGAAUGAGCCAUCCCCCUGAUUUUCUCGGGAACGUGUAAUAUUAAUGCUGUGUAAUAUAUUGCUUAUAUCUCGGUUUGAUUUUGCUUUCUUUAAGAGUACCAGGAUACAUUCAUACAGAAGGAUAAACAUUCUCUUUACUGUAUAUAUAUUUUAUCAUCAGUUCUCACGAAUUUGAAUACUGAUUAUUUAUUCUUCCAUUACUUGUUUGUGUCAGUGUUCAGUAAAAUGAGAAACACAAUCAACCAAUUGAUCGAUAUCAAUCACAAGUCUGAAACUAUUCACUUCGAGUUAAAAUCGAUUGCUAGAUGAAUAAAUGGGACACGCGUCAGUCAUCUGUUGAACCCUUUGUUGGUUACCUUUAAGCACUGUAAUGUAUGCCUUAACUUUGUAAGAGAGUCAAAACUCAUUGAUAUAAAAUAUGCAUUUGUAGGAGUCCUUUCUGUGUGCUGUGGCUUUGUACUAUUUAGUAUUGUAUUUUCCUGCUUUUGAAGGAAUUGUACAUAGUUGUAUAUAAAGAAGAAAUUUGAGAAACCUUAAAACUUGUGUGUGGCUCAAAACUUUUGAAGCUAAGAAGUUAAAGGGGAAUCCAGCCUUGGUCAUUAAAUGUUGUGUUAGAAAGGAGAAAAAUAGAUAAAACAUAAUUGUGAAAGUUUGAAAUUAAUCAGCCAAGCAAUCAGAAAGUUAUGUCUGUUUUAAAUUUGAGAUCCCUAAGCUAGGAGUACAUGGAAGAGUAGUCCUUGCAUUACAUCACUAUGAAAUCACAUGUGCGGCCAAUUUGAUGUCUUCAUGGGUAUAGUGAUUACCAAUAAUAACAACUUUUAAAAAAUUCAUAAAUUUCUUAUUGUUUGUCAGAUGUUCAAACUUUUCACCUAUCAACUUGUCUGAUUUUCCUUUUUCCUUAAAAAACAAGCUUUUAUUUGGGUUGGAUUCCCCUUUAAGUCUUCUAGAACCCCAAGUAAUGUGAAAUCACGUCAUAUUAAGAAUUUAUGUAUCCUUUACACAUGCCAUUGUGAAAAAUGUUAUUUUUUUUAUCUGCAUGUAGAAAAGUGCAAAGUGGUACUUUAUACUCGUUGCCUGCAACAAACGUGGAUUGUGCCAAGUUUAGAAUAUAUGUGCGAAAUGACGUGAAUUUCCCCUUUACGGGAAGUUCAGUUAAUAUGUGCUCAUUCGUACCACUACCCUUCUUUUUAUUGUAGUUAAUUUCAUAUCAUGUCAGCCUUUAAGAAUAAUAUUGAUAUAUUGACUAAUUUUUCUAAAAUGAUUUGCAGGUCAUCAUUGCAAGUUUUGAAAUUAAGGAAAUAUUAUAUUAAGAGUUGAAAAAGAACUACCAAAACCACAAUUUUGAUCAGUAUAUGUGUUGCCCCAUUUACAAUGGAGUUUUUAAUUGCACAUUUUCCCUAAGUUUUUAUCCAGGGAUGUUAUCCAUGAUUGUCUUUAGAAAAGAAAAUUUGUGAAAACAUUGGUAAACAACUUGCCUAUUUCAAUAGAUCAAGAUAUCCUACUUUGUAUUGUGAAUGUUACCUGAUCAUGCCUUUCUAUUUUAUCUCCUUCUUUUCCCCACCAUAACUCUUUCAACCUAAUAGUCCUCAUCAGGAUUGAUCAUUGGGUGAACCUUGUACCCAUUCAUGUUGCUAUCAAUAUCAAGAAAAGAAUAUAUGUACUGAUCUUAAUAGUGUCAGAGAGAAGUUUGCUUGUUUUGUCACAUUUAUUGUAACAGUGUAGUAGGUUUUCAUGGAUCAUGUAUCUUUCUUGGGCAAAUGUUGGUCCUUAAAAGGACCACCCCAACUGGACUUUUCGACAAGUGUGUUCUUUUCGUCUUCAGGAGAAUGAGCAAAGUAUGUAAAAGCAGGUCUUAUAUACUGUGUCAAAGUACCAUAUGCAUGGUGCCUUGAGGGGUACAUGUCUCUGAUUGGCUGGAUAAGUCACAUGACAUCCACAUAUGCGGACGUGGGUGCCAGCACACAAAUUGGGCACGCGUAACAGCGAAACAUGAAAUGCUGCUAUUAUCAUUGCCGCAAAAAUGCUUGAAUGACAAAGCCGCCAAUUGUGCCUGUAUCACUGUAAAGCUCACACAUGUGUGAAAUGUCACAAAUUAUUUAGCGUCUCCAUUAUGUGUGUAUGGGGAGAGCAUGUGGAUUUUUUUUGUCUAAACAAAAUGGCAAAUAGAUCUCUCUUUUUUUUCAAUUUAGUUUUGUGAAUCUUUUUGAAAUGCUCAAUUGUAAGAAGGGAAUGUUUCACAAAGAGUUAAAUGUGACUUUAAAGUUAUACUUAAACACCAACAUGUAUAUAGAAUAAAAUGCAUAACCACAUCGAUGACGACGAAUAUGCAGAUAUUGUGCAUCACCCAUGCAUGAUCUAGACAGAGGUGAUGCAUUAUAUUGCACACACACAACUGGGAAUGUAGGUGCAUUUUUUUAGUUGCAUUUUAAUCUCUGUGAAACAUCCUCAGAUCUUAUGCACUAAUUCAUGACUCCCAAUUCAAAUGCAAUUAUAGCCAUCAUGUGGAAAUGAAAUCUCACAUGUAAUGAAUCAGUGGGGUAAAAAUUCUGUAAGGCAUGCAAGUACUGACAUAAGCAUUUUGGCUGUAUGGUACCUAUUUCCUCCUGUGCUGUUGGGGUUACAUGAUCUAACAAGUAUUUUCUGUUGUAUUCAUUUGCUAGUGGACAGAAGAGAUGAAAUAAGAAGAUACUGUAAAUGUACAUAUGAAUAAAGUAAAAACGACCAUUCA